GGUAUAAAAAUGAGCACCAACAAUGAGAUUUCACUUUUUACAGAGCCGGAAUGUUGACCACGACGAUGCCCCCGAGUGAAGAAAGAAGAUCUUUCAAAAACCUCGUGAUAAGCUGUCGAUCGUUGAGCCAGUACGAGGUGAAGAACUGCAAGGUGCUGAUACCGCAGCUGAUCGCGGCGGUGGUGGCGAUGUGCCCCAACAUUCUGGUGGGCAUUACCUACGCGUACUCGGCGAUCAUGGUGCCGCAAAUGAUGGAGGAGCAGAAUAGUACCGAUCCAUCCGUCCUGCACGUUAGCCAAAAUGAGAUGUCCUGGAUAACCAGCUGUCUGAUGCUGUCGACCAUGGUGGGGGCGUUAAGCGCCGGGGUUAUAAUGGACAUAGUCGGUCGUUUAAAUAUGUUGAAGCUGAUGGCGGUACCAAGCCUACUGGGAUGGGCUAUGCUAGCGCUUGGUCGCAACGUUCCAAUGCUGAUAGGAGGACGGAUCCUGACCGGGAUUGCCCUAAUUUGGUCAGCCAAUCCCACCGCCGUCUACAUAACUGAGAUCAGUAGGCCCGACGUUCGUGGUUCCUUUUCCGGCAUGCGGCAACUCGGAGUCUCGCUCGGUAUGCUGUUCGUUUACUUCAAAGGGCUCUACCUCAACUGGAGAAUAGUCGCGUGGAUGAACUGCGGCUACACGGUCGUAUUCGCCCUACUGACCCUAAUAGUGCCCGAAAGCCCCGUCUGGUUAGUCUCCAAAAAUCGCAUGGACCAAGCCAAGAAGUCGCUGGAAUGGUUCCACAAGUACCAGCCUCAGCCUCAGAAUCAGGUGGCGAGCUUUGCCGAGCUGCAACUGGGUGUCUUGCAAAAGGAGAACGUGAUCAAAAUGAAGGAACGCGAGAAGUUGAGCUCUAACAGCGCGGUGCAGCUGCUCCAAAUGUUCCUCCAACCCACCGGCUAUAAGCCCUUCUUGGUCAUGACUGGGCUAUACUUCUUCCAACAGUACUGUGGAAUCCACCUGAUCGUCUUCAACGGGGUGGUCUUCUUCAAGCAAAUUGGCACGGACAUCGACCCCUACAUCGCCGCGUCGUACGUUGGAGGAAUUCGCCUCGCUGUCAACAUUCUGAACAUAUACCUCACGAAGCGGUUCAACAGGAGGACCCUCAUGAUGUCCAGCGGUAUCGGUAUGGCGGUCUGUAUGGGAACAUCCGGUCUGUACACGACCUGGCUUCAAAAAGGCACCGUCACCUCCGGAUGGAUUCCCCUCGUCCUGCUCAUGAUCUACUUCGGUUUCGCCGCCAUCGGUUUCCUAACGGUGCCAUUUUCGAUCCAGGCGGAAGUCUUCCCGCUAGCGAUACGCAGCCUGGCGCACGCAAUCAUUUCGGUAAUGGCGGGCCUAAUCUCGUUCGCCGUCCUCCAGACGUAUUUCUCAAUGCACGACUUCUUCGGAGGCUCGUCCGGCCUCCAGUACUUCUUCGCCAUCAUGAGCAUGGGCGGAUUCGUCUUCGUGCUGGUGUUCAUGCCGGAAACGCACAAGAAGAAGCUGUCGGAAAUCGAAAAGUACUUUUGGAACCACACCACCUACCUGUCGGUGCCGCAGGAUGACAAGGAGCCAACGAAGCAAAAGUCCGUGGAGCUUGUCGCAAUCGUCGCGAAAAGUUAGGCCGGCCUUCGACGCGUAAAUUACGGAAUCUCGUGUGUGUUGCCUACGCGGUAGGCACUUGUCGUCGCCAAGUGGCUCGGAACUAAAGAAACUGUUACUAUUUAAAAUCUAUGUUAAAAUAAAAAAUCUUCUUAA